GACAGUUUGGAGCUUCCUCUAUUUAGUACUUUUUUUGGGUGCCCUGGAAGUGAUAUCCAUGAAGACCAGUAGUUUUUCUGUAUGGACAAUCAAUGGAAGGCCUACUUUGAAGAAGAUAUAGAAGUUUUUCUGCUUUUUUCAACUGCACCAGUUGAAAAGCUUUCUUUAGCAAAGGGAAGAUAUUAAGAAGAUUUGAGCUGCAUAGUGAGAUGAUGGGAGGUUAUAUACUAGAAAGCCAUUGAAGGUGAUGCAACCGCUUCACAUCUCCAUACCAGCUCAUCAAUCAAGGGACAAAAAAAAGAAAAAGAAAAGAAAAGAGGACAUAAAUAAAAACCUUUCUUAAGGCUUUUCAUGGUAAAUAGUAUCCGGUUGUCUUUUUGUGUUACUUGUAGUGACUCGCAACUCAAAAUGAACUUACAACUGUGAUGCUGCUGAAUCAUGUGCAACGAUGUGGAUUGUGAUGUUCACUAAUUUAACCUUCACCUAAGAGUUGCAAGAAAACAUGCUUUGACCUAUGUUUUAUCUGGUCUGUUCAGUUGAUGAACCCAGCUUUUGAGUUCGUGGUGCACGAAGAGUGAUUUGGUGUCUGAAGUAUCUACUAUGACAAUGGUUUACUGUUUAAAUUUUUUAUUUUAUUUUUAAAAUUUUCUCCUGAAGUCCGUUAUUGAUAUUGUUGAUUGCUUCUUUUGUUAGGGUUCUUUGUUUUUUUUUUUUAGUCUGCAAAGCCAGCGCUAGAUGAUGUCAUGCGCGUCUUUCGUUUGCAGGAACCCAAUCUGUUGUAGUUCAAAAUGGGGGAAAAGGACCUCAAUGGGAUUAUCCUAGUGAUGAAUUUGAAAAGAUUGGAUUUGGCUAUAUUAUUAGUUUCGGGUCAUGGCUUGGUUUUGGAUCUCAACAGUCCCAUAGAUGGAUUUUAGAGUCUUAUUUUGUGAUUAAAGUUUAAAAAUUUUCAUUUCCGCAACACCAAAUUAAGCUUUAAUUUGUAUUCUUUCAUUACCUUUUCUUUUUUCCUCACUAGAUUUUUAAGUCACAUCUAAAACAUUAAAAAUUUGACGACUAUAUACUAAAAUAAUCUAUGUAGUGUCAAUCUAAUAUGGAUUUCCAUUCAAACACAACUACUACUCCAAAAUUUCAAUUUAUAACUUUUUUGUUUUUCUUUUCCUCUUUACAGAAAGCUUUCAGAAUGCAUGGGGAUACUUGAACUUCCUAUUUUUCAUGUUGAACAUGGAAGAGAUUACAUUAAGAUUGCGUUUGUUCCGUUGUUUUGACGUAAAAUAUUUUUUUUAAAAAAUAUUUUUUAUUUUGUUUUAUUUUAUUUUUUAUUUUUACAUAUUCGAUGUUCGGCAAAAGUCUAAGUUGAGGUUAAUGUUGAGUUUAUCAGGCGGGACAUGUAAAAUAAUUUAUUAAAAAUUGAUCGUUAAGUUAUAUUUGUUAGAUUUUAAUAUUUUUUUUUCUUAGUAAAUAUUUUACAACAAGAAAUAAAAAAAUAUUUUACACCCAAACAAACAGAACCUAAAAGGAGAGAAAAUUUCAUGAAGUCGUAGAUCUGAAAACAAUCACUAUUUUAUUUUUUCUUAUAUCGGACAUAAUUUUUUUUAGGCGAGAAUUAUAUCUAGUGAAAAAAAAGAAAGAAAGAAAAAAAAAACAGAAUUAUUUAACUUGUGAUUGAGAGUACUAACAUUAUUGUUAGUACUUAGUACCCAUUGAACUUUCCAGAUCUGACGGCUGUCAUAUAUUCUCCGAAAAAGUUAGUUAUUUUGUUUUUGUUUUCUUUCGGAAAAUAAAAAUAUUUAUUUUGGUUUCAACUUUAAAAGCACAAAAGCAGCCUCCUCUCUCCUCUCAAGUCCUUAAAAGAAAAGAAACAAUGGCUUCCAUACGUUGUCCGAGAUUUCCCGCCAAAUUAGCUUGUGGAUGUGGCUGUGGCACUCUCUCUUCGAGAAGAAGCAACACAUUAUGCUCAUCUCCUCUCCGCCAUUUCCCUGUCGCUCUGUUUCUGAUCCUCCGAUUGUCACCUCUCUUCUUCAGGGUGCCAGGAGGAGAAGAUCAGAGACAGACCUAGCAUUUGCAAUUCUUUUGCAAAAAUUGGCUGCUCUUAGACUCAAACCCGCGUCCUCACGCUUGUGAGUUUUAGUUUUUACCAUUGCAGCAAGGAAUGACCCAUAUAUAUGUAUAUACACGGUUCUGUUAGUAGGUGGUUUUUGAUCUCAUUUUUCUGUACCUCUGUUCUUUUUUAUUUUUUUCUCGAUAUUUCAGUGGCUGGCCAAAUUUUAGAUAAGUUCCAUCAUAUUGGGGCCCCUAAGGAAUGGUUUUGUACAAAUGCAUUUUGGGACUCAUGUUUCAGCUUGCAAGGGAUGUUCAGUCAUGAUGAUGAUGAAGGGUAUCUAUCUACGUAAAAUUUAUGAAGCGCUUCAUUUUAGCAGUGAAACAUAUGAACUUUGUAAAUAGGCAUCGAUCAUAGACUUUGCAAAUAGACAGUGAACAUUCUGGAUGGCUGUGUGAAUCUUUUGUUUAUUAAGGAAGACAAAGUUGUUUCUCCCUAUCAUUGUUGCUUCUCGGGCAGUGUGCUUUGAAUAUGAAUUUGGCAUGAUUUGAUAUGAAUGCAGGAAACGAUUCCUGAAAUUAUAUUCAGGGAAAAAAAUCCUGAUAGUAUUUGUCUAGAAGUGCAUAGUUUCUGGUUUGUACAUAAAUUUGUACGUAUCAUCUGGGGAUGGGGAAGACAUUGGAUGGAUUCUGUAUUUUAUUAGUGUAGCUAUUCAUGCCUGAUGUUAUUUUUAUGAUUGAUGAUGUGAUGGACCUAUUUACAGCAAAAAUAAGGUUCAUUCAGCAUUUGGUGUGUGUUUAGGCUCCAAAGUCUCAAAUGGCUAGGGAUUCUUAUUCCCAAAAACCUCUGGAUGAUGGGCCUGGGUUUUCUAAGGGAUCUGUACUUUUACAUGGAGAAUUAGAUUUAUGGAUUAUAGAAGCAAAAUCUCUUCCGAAUAUGGAUUUAGCUUCAGAAAGAAUAAGAACGUUUGCUACUAUGUUUGGGGCAUUCAGAAUUCCUUUCACGAAAAAGAGUAAGAAACCAGACAAGUAUUCAGGAAGACACUCAAUCAAUACAAGUGAUCCCUACGUGUCUGUUUGCCUAGCAGGGGCUACUAUUGCUCAAACUAGAGUAAUUGCUAACUCUGAGAACCCUUUGUGGGAUGAGCAUUUUUGUGUACCGGUUGCUCACCAUGUCUUGGAACUCGAGUUUCAGGUCAAGGAUAAUGAUGUUUUCGGAGCUCAACUUAUUGGAAUUGUGGGGAUAUCUGCCGAGAAAAUUCUUUCAGGAAUUGCAGUAAUUGGUUGGUUCCCUAUAGUGGGACCUCAUGGGAAUCCUUUGAAACCAUAUCCUGAAUUGCAUCUUUGUGUUCAAUUCAGGCCAGUUGGAGAGAACCCUUUCUACAAGGAUGGUGUUGGCAUUGGGCCGGACUAUGCAGGAGUGCCUAAUACAUAUUUUCCCCUCCGUCAAGGAGGGAGUGUAACUCUUUAUCAGGAUGCCCAUGUUCCUGACGCGAUGCUCCCUGAAAUUUUACUAGAUGGUGGAAAAGUUUUUCAGCAAAAUAAAUGCUGGGAAGACAUUUGUCAUGCCAUAUUGGAAGCUCACCACCUGAUUUAUAUUGUUGGGUGGUCCAUAUACCACCCUGUAAAGCUCGUGCGGGAGCCAACAAGGCCGUUGCCUUCUGGAGGAGAGCUUUCCCUUGGAGAUUUGUUGAAAUACAAAUCGCAGGAAGGAGUUCGUGUGAUUCUGCUAAUUUGGGAUGAUAAAACUUCACAUGAUAAUUUUUUUCUGAGAACGGAAGGUGUCAUGCAGACUCAUGAUGAAGAAACCAGAAAAUUUUUCAGACACUCAAGCGUCCAUUGUGUGCUCUGUCCUCGUUAUGCCAGCAAUAAGCUUAGUAUUGUCAAACAACAGGUCGUGGGAACUCUUUUUACACAUCAUCAGAAGUGUGUGCUUCUUGACACUCAAGCUAGUGGAAAUAAUAGAAAAAUUAUUGCUUUUAUUGGUGGUCUGGAUUUAUGUGAUGGCCGAUACGAUACUCCGGAGCACAGGCUCUUUAAUGAUCUGGACACCGUCUUUGCAAAUGAUUUUCAUAAUCCUACAUUUACUUCUCAUGCCCGUGGCCCAAGGGAACCAUGGCAUGAUAUACACUGUAAAAUUGAGGGUCCUGCUGCUUAUGAUAUAUUGACAAAUUUUGAACAAAGAUGGAGAAAAGCCACAAAAUGGCGCCAAUUCAAGUUGAAGAAGGUUGCACAUUGGCAUGAUGACGCCUUGAUAAAGCUAGAUCGGAUAUCAUGGAUACUCACUCCUUCUUCUGGUCCUGACGGUGACCGAGUUGUGCGAGUUACUGAUGAAGAAGAUUCUGAGAGUUGGCAUGUGCAGGUGUUCCGGUCAAUUGAUUCUGGAUCUGUGAAGGGAUUCCCAAAGGAUGUUAUGGAAGCUGAGCAACAGAAUCUUGUCUGUGGAAAGAACUUGCAAAUAGAAAGAAGCAUACAUACUGCAUAUGUAAAAGCAAUUAGAUCAGCUCAGCACUUUGUAUACAUAGAAAACCAGUAUUUUCUGGGAUCUUCAUAUUACUGGCCAUCAUACAAAAAUGCAGGUGCACAUAAUCUAAUUCCUAUGGAACUUGCCUUGAAAAUUGCCAGCAAAAUCAGAUCAAAUGAACGGUUCUCUGUGUAUAUUGUCAUUCCAAUGUGGCCUGAGGGUGUCCCCAGUAGUUCUUCCGUGCAGGAAAUACUUUUUUGGCAGGGACAAACAAUGGCUAUGAUGUACAAAAUUAUUGCACAGGCUCUUGAAAAGGCAGGUCUUUCUGAAGUGUAUCACCCACGGGAUUAUUUGAACUUCUAUUGCCUUGGUAAGCGUGAAGCUUCAUCUCCAAGCAGUACACAACAAACUAAUCAGCCUCCUGAAAAUCGUGCACUGGCUUCAGCUCAAAAGUACCGCAGAUUUAUGAUCUAUGUACAUGCCAAAGGGAUGAUAGUUGAUGACGAGUAUGUGAUGAUGGGAUCUGCAAAUAUAAAUCAGAGAUCUUUGGAUGGUUCAAGGGACACAGAACUUAACAUGGGUGCCUAUCAACCAAAGUACACUUGGGCAGGAAAGAAGAGUCACCCACGUGGUCAGGUUUAUGGGUAUCGGAUGUCUCUCUGGGCUGAACACCUUGGCCAUCUGGAGGAUAUCUUCCGCGAGCCGGAGACUCUUAAAUGUGUUAAGCUUGUAAAUAAGAUUGCAAAACAUAAUUGGGAGGCAUAUGUGGCGGAGGAGGACAAGGAGAUGAGAGGUCAUCUUAUGCAAUAUCCAGUUCAGGUAUGUAGAAGCGGAAAGGUCUGUGCAUUGCGGGGUCAUGAAUACUUUCCUGAUGUUGGUGGUAAGAUUCUCGGAGCACCUACCAGUCUUCCUGAUGCUCUCACAACGUAGUAAUCUCAUCAGUGCUAGAUGAAGUCAAAACACAAAUUGCUGCAAGUUCAAAUGCCCAAGUACUUUUGAAGGAAAAAAGGGCACGAUACAUGGUUCGAAAAGAAAGGCAGCUAAGGAGGAGGGUUGAGGAAGGAUGCAAUGCUAAACAAGGUUCCUGAAAAGGUUCCACAUCCGUCAAUUCGCCUGACUGAUCAUCAUUGAGAACUGAGAGCAAUGGGGUCGAGUGUAACUCAAUUAUGUAUAUGCUCUGUGUUUCUUAAUGACAUUUCCUGUAAAGGAAGGGUAUGAUGUUAAACUUUGAAGUCAGCAAAUGGAUGGAACUUUGUAUAUUGAUACAAUGGCAGUGUAACUAUUGAGUUCUGUGGUAUCUGAAGUUUCAUUGAGAUGAAUUGCCAAGCAUUUAUCUCGUCUUUGACAUCCGAUUAAAUGUUCCAUGAACAAAAAGAUGAAUGCACAAACCGGUGCAUCUGAAUGUGUAUGCACAGGGAUUCUGAGAAUGGAGAGCAACGCAUAUCAUUUGUGUAUACUAUCAACAAAAGCGAUAGGCCGGCUUUUUGAGGUUACAAGUUGGAUGAAGAAAACGUAGACAAUCAAGGGUAUAAUGGGUUCUUGUGUUCGGUGUCCAACCAGUUUUUUGAAUGAAUUUUUAGUGGAAAGACUUGAUACAAAUUAUGUGGAGUUCCAAAUAAUAGAAGACAACGAAAUUAGAUUGUAAGGCAUGUUAUUUAUAUUUGAUGAGAUCCAUCUAGUAAUGUAAAAAAGAAGAAUAAAAAGUGAGAUCUGUCACUAAAAGUAUACUUAUCUGUUCAUAAACUUAUUGUGGGGAGCAGUUU